AUGAUGCUUCCAGCUUCCAAGAACGGAAUAUCUCGAAGCUUUCAUUCCAGUGGCUCUAGAAGUCUUCAGAUGCAACAGAACCAGGAGGAUAACCGUCCGGCGCUCGAAAAGUACGGUUCUGACUUGACUCAGAUGGCCAAAGACGGAAAGUUGGAUCCAGUCAUAGGUAGGGAUGAGGAGAUCCGGAGAACAAUCCAGAUUUUAUCGAGAAGAACAAAGAACAAUCCCGUUCUCAUUGGUAAUGCAGGUACGGGUAAAACUGCCAUUAUGGAGGGACUUGCACAGCGGAUUUUGAAGGGAGAAGUGCCUGAGUCCAUGAAAGAGAAGCUGAUCAUCACUUUGGAUUUGGCAGGAAUUAUUUCAGGGUCAAAAUUUAGAGGAGACUUCGAGGAGAAGUUGAAGAAGAUUUUGGAAGAGGUGGAAGAGAAAAAAGGCUCGGUGAUUCUCUUUGUUGAUGAGUUGCAUCUUCUUAUGGGAUUAGGAAAGGCUGAAGGGUCCAUUGACGCAUCAAAUCUUCUUAAACCUGCCUUGGCUCGUGGUAAGCUCUCCUUAUGUGGAGCUACCACAAUCGAAGAGUACAGGAAAUACGUGGAGAAGGAUGCAGCUUUGGCCAGAAGAUUCUCACCAGUCAUGGUGAGCGAACCAACCGUCCAGGAUACCAUUUCCAUUUUGAGAGGAUUGAAGGAGAAAUACGAAGUGCACCAUGGUGUUCGUAUUGCAGAUGGAGCACUCGUCACUGCUGCGCUCUAUUCCAACCGGUAUAUCACCGAUAGAUUCCUUCCUGACAAGGCAAUCGAUUUGGUGGAUGAGGCAUGUUCGACCUUAAGAUUACAGCACGAGUCUAAGCCUGAUGCCAUUGCGCAAUUGGACCGUCAGAUCAUGACUAUUGAGAUUGAGUUGGAAUCGUUGCGCAAGGAAAGUGAUAGCUUAUCUGAAGAUCGCAGGCAUAAAUUGGAAGAAGACUUGAAGGUGAAAGAGGCCGAGUUGAAGGAUUUCACAGAUCAAUGGGAGAGUGAGAAGAAGGUCAUUGAUGAUGUUAAAAAGGCCAAGGCAGAUUUGGAACAGGCUAGAUUCGACUUGGAACAACUGCAGAGAGAAGGAAACUAUGGUAAGGCUUCUGAGUUGCAAUAUUCUACUAUUCCAUUCUUGGAGAGCCAAGUCAAGGAACUUACAGAAUCGGAGGACGUACUCAAGAGUACUUCGUUGUUGCACGAUUCGGUUACAUCGGACGACAUCUCUGCGGUGAUCUCGAAGAUGACUGGUAUUCCUCUUAACAACUUGAUGAAAGGUGAGAAGGAUAAGUUGCUUGACAUGGACGUCAUUCUUAAGCAGCAUGUUGUGGGGCAGGAUGAAGCCAUCCACGCUGUGGCAGAUGCUGUUAGAUUGCAAAGAGCUGGACUCACCAGCGAUAAGAGACCUAUUGCUUCUUUCAUGUUUUUAGGUCCUACUGGUACAGGUAAGACUGAAUUGACCAAGCAGUUGGCAGAGUUUCUUUUCAAUGACAAGUCACUGGUCAUCAGGUUCGACAUGUCGGAGUUCCAAGAGAAACAUACGGUGUCGAGAUUGAUAGGAUCACCUCCAGGUUACGUUGGUUACGAGGACAGUGGAGAAUUGACUGAGGCAGUCAGAAGGAAACCAUAUUCAGUUGUCUUGUUCGAUGAAUUCGAGAAGGCACACAAGGAUGUGGCAAAGCUCUUGCUUCAAGUAUUAGAUGAGGGUUCAUUGACUGACUCUCACGGGAAACACAUUGACUUCCGUAACACGAUCAUUGUCAUGACAUCCAAUAUCGGUCAGGAAAUCUUAUUGGCAGACAAACAUGCUUCAGAGGAUGGAAAGAUCAGGGAUUCUGUCAAGAACGAUAUUAUCGAGAACCUUCGUCUCCACUACCCACCUGAAUUCUUGAACCGUCUUGACGACGUUUUGGUUUUCAACAGAUUAUCUAAAAAGUCGUUGAGGAACAUCUUGGAGAUCCGGUUGAGAGAAAUCCAGGACAGGUUAGAAGACAAGAGAAUGUACUUGAUCCUUUCAGAUGAUGUCAAGGACUACUUGGCCGAGAAGGGUUACGACCCUAUUUAUGGUGCUAGACCAUUGAACAGGGCACUCCAGAAAAAACUUUUGAACCCAUUGGCAAUGUUAUUGAUUAAGGGCCAAGUAAAAGAAGGUGAAACUGUUCAUGUGGUUAUGAAGGAUGGAGAGCUCUUCAUUGAACCUAACCAUUCGGAGCAGGAGAGUUUGUCUAAGGAUAGCUCUUGA